AUGCCGCUAGAUACAGUUUCCUGUUUCAUCAUUCAACCCGCUCACACGGCAGAGGAGCGUGCCAAGUUCAUAAUUUUGCCGCGAGGCGAAGCUGGUGAGCUCGCGCUCGGCGGCCACCAGCUUGCUAGGGGAUAUCUCAACAGGCCUGACCAGACAGCCUCAGCAUUCAUACCAACCCCGUACGGCCGAGUGUACCGUACCGGUGAUAGGGCUCGCGUGACUGCUUCCGGCAUGCUCGAGUGUCUCGGCCGCCUAGAGGCCGGGCAGGUUAAGCUCCGAGGCCAGCGCAUCGAACUCGGCGAGAUUGAGCAAGUAGUUCUCAAGACCCCUGGUUGCUAUGGUGCGGUGGCAGUCGUCAUCAACUCCACCCUUGUCGUUUUCUGCGCAGCUGACGAAGGUGUCACCGAGGACAUUGCUCUCGAAAUUUGCACCAAGUGGCUCCCUCGAUACAUGGUGCCUAGUCAACUGAUGAUCCAGAGAGAGUUUCCUCGACUACCCAGCGGAAAGGUUGAUAUCCCGAAGCUCAAAUCUGAUUUCAACGUUCGAAAUCUUAGUUUGAACGACACAGAUACGGGACACGUGGUCUCUGUUCAUGAUCAAUUCGUUUUGCAGCUGGUGUCCGAAACGAUUGGUAUGCAGAUGAACAAGGAAACGACACUGGCCUCGGCCGGUGUGGAUUCUCUGAUGGCAAUAAAGCUGGCAUCCUCGUUGCGAGCAGCGGGAUUCGAAACAAGUGCUCCCGAAUUGCUCAAGAUGAGAAUGCUGUCUGAUCUCUGCUCGACGCUGGAGGGUCAGUCCCCGACGACCCCUGAAGGCGCCGAGACGCUGGAUGUGAGUCUCUUGCCAGAAUUGGACCAAAUUCUGGCGGAAAAUCCAGACCUGCAAACCAUGGAGACGCCUGUCGAGGAUAUUCUGCCGUGCACUCCUCUGCAGUCGGCUAUGCUGGCCGAGACGGCUAAAAAUCCAGAAACCUAUAGUAACGAGGUUGAGAUGCAAACAUGUAGGGGAGUGUCGUUGGAUGCUCUAGUUGCUGCGCUGAUGCAGGUAGCCAAUGCCAACAUGAUUUAUCGCACAGGGUUUGUAAUGCAUAGAGGCCAACAUCUUUCCAUUAUAUUCAAGAACUUUGCUCUCGAGAAAAUCUGCCUCGUUGAUAAGUUUCGGCGGAAAUUUGCCAUCUCGAGCCCGAAAGAUCUUUUGUCACCGUUCGGAAUCCAGAUUCAGCGACCAGCAGUCGAUUCUGGCCCCAGAUUGCUUCUGCAGAUCCAUCAUGCCCUGUACGACGGAUGGUCGAUGGACAUGCUGCGUGCCGAUGUUUCUGCGCUCUUAAGACGCAUCGAAGUUCCGUCACGACCGCAGCAUCAAAAACUCGUUGAAUACCACGCCAGAAACUCAGACAAGGACGGAUUUCACGAUGCAGCCAGGGCAUUUUGGAGCGAACGUCUCUUACGUUGGAACAGAACUCCUUUUCCGAAGCUGGCAGCGAGACCAGCGGCAUCACGGACAAGCAAUAAGAUAUGGUACAAAGUCGACUUAACGCCAGACUUCGUACGAGAAACUGCCAAAAUUCACAACGUCACAGCUCAAGUGUUCUUCCAAGCAGCUCUAGUCUUGGUCUGGAGUCGAAUCAUGAACGAACAAGAUAUCGUCAUCGGCUCGGUUUCUUCGGGAAGAACGAUACCCGUGAAGGGUAUAGAAAGAAUAAUGGGUCCUUGUAUGGCCUCUUUGCCUCUGAGAGUUGAUAUCAGCACAAUGUGUACCAGCCUGGACCUCUUGAGGAACAUCCAGGCGUCCAACAGAGCUGCCAUGGAGCAUUGUGGACUGCCUCUAUCCGAAAUAAAGCAGAUUGCAGGACUCCAACCAGCUGAGAAUUUGUACGAUCUCCUAUUUGUGUAUCAAGAGUCUCCGGAAACGGCAAAGGGAGGACAUGGGCUGCUGGAGAUAGCGCAUUGGGAUCGCCUGGAGACGACGCUCUUGCUGGAGAUUGAGCCGCAAGAACUGGAGUACGAUCUACAAAUCACCCACCAAUCCUCUGUUUCGGCGGACUUCGUCGACGAGUUUGCGAGUCAGAUCCAGAGUGUGCUCAGAAAUCUUCUGACGAACCCCAAAGACUCUAUCCAAUAUUCAAUGAGAUCCCUGAAGUCAAGAAACUCAGAAUACAACACUCACCCCCAGAUGUUUCGUGGAACGCCUGACCUUGCAUUUACAUUCGAAGAAAUUGCCAUGAGAAUGCCUGAGCGUCCUGCCCUUCAAUUUUUUGCUUCCUUGGACGACGACUUGUCCAAAGCGAUACCGAUGUCGUAUCGAGACCUGAAUGAGACUGCGAAUCAAAUUGCACACUCCAUCAACACCCAGUCUUCUAUUGGAGAAGUUGUUGCCAUCAUAAUGAACAAAUCUAAUCUUCUAUAUACCUCAAUACUUGCAAUUGUCAAGACUGGAAGCGCCUAUCUUCCGAUUUUGCCAACCACGCCCCUCGCGCGAGUUCGAAAUAUUUUUGGUCAAGCUGGCAUCAAACGUUGCGUGGUUGACAGCUCAUCCCUGAAAGUUUUUCAUUUCAUUGAGGGUGUCGAGUUUCUCAACAUUGAUGCUAUUGAUACACAACAUUGCUCGAAAGAUAACAUGGGAGUAUACGCCGAUCCGUCACGACUUGCAUACAUCAUAUACACAUCUGGGACGACUGGUGAUCCCAAGGGUAUCGCCAUCACACAGAUGAAUAUCCUCAGCAACAUUUCUCACCUACAGAAGAUCUACUCAGUCUCUGCAAGUUGGCCACGGCUUCUUCAAGCUUGUUCACACGCGUUUGAUGUAUCGGUGUUUGAGAUAUUUUAUGCUUGGUUUGCCGGAAUGUGUCUUUGUGCCACUACUAACGACGUUCUGUUUGAAGACAUUGAAGAGUCCAUUCGCCGGAUGGGAAUCACCCACCUGAGCCUGACACCCACGGUUGCGUGCUUGAUAGACCCGGUAAAUGUCCCAAAAGUUGAGUUCCUCGUCACAGCUGGCGAACCAAUGACCCUAGCAGUAUCAAAACAAUGGGGAGACAGGUUAUGGCAAGGCUAUGGACCUUCAGAGACAACAAACAUCUGCAGCGUCAAGAGGAUGAUGAAAGGCGAAAAUAUUGAGCAUCUCGGCUGGGUGCUCCCAAACACAUCUGUGGUCGUCCUCGCACCCGACACCCUAGAUGCUAUUCCUAUAGGUUGGGUUGGAGAGUUUUGCUUCGGAGGCGAUCAGGUCGCUCAGGGCUAUCAUAAAAAUUUCAGCUUAUCGUCCAAAUCUUUUCUUCUCCACCCUCAGUUUGGCCGGAUAUACCGCUCUGGAGACAUUGGGCGAAUGCUGCCAGAUGGCUCCUUGAGCAUCCUUGGCAGACUCGAUGACCAGAUCAAACUACGUGGACAGCGAAUAGAACUGAACGAGAUAAAUGGCAUCAUAACGAGCAAUUCAGUGACGAGAGCUGCCAUAACAAUGCUAGUGAGGAGAGAAACGGGAACGCCAGAUCAGCUUGCCAGCUUGUACGUAUCACCGAAUUCAAGCACAUUGUUCGAAUUUAUGCAAGUUGAUCAGGAAACCAACCGGCUCUUGUUCUCCAAUAUUCAAUCACGGGUACCUUCGUACAUGGUUCCUUCAUACUUGCUUCCCGUAUCUUAUAUUCCGCAUACACCCAGCGGAAAGAUUGACACAGCCGUCAUUCAAGAAGGGUUCAAGAAGCUACCCAGCCACUAUCUGGAGACCGGUUCCUUUACCACACAGGUCGUUGAUAACGAUUCCGAGUGGAGUGAUAUCGAAAUAUCCAUUGCAGACGUCAUAUCACGCACCAAAGGGAUAUGUCGGUCAGAUCUUGGACGGUGGACACCGUUCGCCGCCGUUGGCAUUGAUUCUAUUUCAGCCAUUGAUACUGCUAAGGAAUUGAGCUCACAAUUACAAGUUCAAAUAUCGAUAUCAACCAUUCUACUUAACCCUAGUAUUGCGCAGCUAGGGAAGGCGGUGGAAGACAACAAGCCAGGCCUUGUUUCAACUUGGCAGGAGCAGCUGGCGCCGGCUUACGACUUGGCGACUGAGUUAUCCGACCAAGUCCGCAACUCAUUUAGCUAUGACAGGAACAAUAUUGAAGACAUACUUCCCUGUACACCUCUUCAAGAAGCUAUGCUGUCUCGUGGACAGGGAAGCUAUUGCACCAAGAUACUACUUCGCGUGCGGAUACCAGCCGCUGACAUGGCACGUUACUGGGACGAAAUGUUGCGCAGACAUGUAAUACUGCGAACUUGCUUUGUCACGACAAAAAACGUUACACAUCCGAUUGUCCAGGUGGUUUUGCAAAGAUUCGAAAUUACCAUUCAGACACACGAGGUUCAAGCGCCGUCAUUGGCUGGUGCUAUUCAUGAACAUCUCGCAACUAUUCCCGAGCCUCUGGACUCGGGACAUCCGCCCCUAUCAUUGGCUUUCUUUCGCUAUAACGAUUCAGAAUUUCUGUCCUUUAUAUGUCAUCAUGCGCUCUAUGAUGGAGUGGCAAUGGAAUGCUUGUGGAGGGAGGUGGAAGCUCUGGCAAAUGGCCGCACACUUUUACCACCUGUUCCAUACAAGCCGUUUUUGCAACAGUCACUCAUUUUUCCAGAUGAUACGGAUUCAUUCUGGACUGAACAAUUUCGCAGCUUCCGCCAUUCAAUACUCUUUCCUCGCUCAGCUAGUGGAGAAAUCAAUCAGUCCACCCACAGGACCUCACUCUCCAUGUCACUGCAUGAGGUUCAAGCACGAUUGACUUUGCUCGGAACAUCUCUUCUAGCUGCCUGUCAGGCUUCAUGGGCAACUGUUUUGUCUGUUUUGUGCAACCAUGCCGACAUCGCCUUUGGCAAUGUCGUCAGCGGCCGCACCCUUGACAUGGGUGGCCUGGAUCGACUGGUCGCGCCUUGCUUUAAUACCAUCCCAAUUCGAAUGGACAUAUCUCGAAGCUCUCAGAAUAUCGAUCUUUUGAGAUCAUUUCACCAUCUGAAUGAAAAGAUGCUUCGGUAUCAAUUUUCAUCUUUACGACGAAUUCAAUUUCUCGCCAACUGUCAUGGUCGGAGCCUUUUCGACACGCUACUUUUGCUUCAACAACCGCUGAAAGACAUGGACGAGAGAGUCUGGACAUUAGAGGAAGAUUCUGGAAACAUGGACAUGGCCUUGGUCUGCGAGAUAGUCCCUUGCCCCAAUCUGAACUCUGUUGUUGUCAAUAUUCACCAUGAUCUUGGUGUGGUGACGGGGGAUCAUGCAGCAAACUUGGCUGACUUAUUUAAACACUCAUUCCUUCAUUUGUUUGCGUCACCAUACUCUUCUCCUAUUGACCAGAAUUCAGCACCAACCCGAAUCACAUCAGGUUUAGAAGGCCUUAUUAGGAAUGGAAGAAAUUUCGAACUCUCGGACCAAAAGGAGUCGGAACAUGACAAGUGGACUGGUGUUGAGGAGAAGAUUCGUGGGGCACUAUCAGAACUUUCCCAAGUUCCGGAGGCAAGAAUCUUUCCCAACACCAGUAUCUUUCACCUUGGCCUUGACAGCAUCAAUGCCGUUCAAAUUUCCUCAAUGCUUCGGCGACAGGGGUUCAACAUAUCUGCUACAGAUGUCAUCGAGUGUCCCAGCCCAGCAAAACUAGCCAAAAGAAUAGCACUCUCCUGUGGAAGGGCCGGCAAUUUACCAGCUUUGGAGUUUUCUUUCGAACAGUUCUAUACCGAUGUGUCUGUUGAGAUCAACGGCCUGAUGAAUCAAGGUGGCGUUGAGGCUGUCCUUCCAUGCACAUCUGUUCAGUGUGCUAUGUUGGCAUCGUUUAUGCAGUCUGGUGGACAGAAUUAUUGCAGUAUGCUCUGUUACAAAGUCCAAAGUGGCAUCAAUACGUUAGCCUUGUUGCAUGCUUGGAAACUUGUUCAGCGAAACCACCAAAUGCUACGAACCGGCUUUGUUCCAGUCAGGCACCAGGCCUGUACAUUUGCCAUGGUAAGAAACUCGAUUGGGCAGACCGAGGAAGCAGUUGAAUGCUUUCAUGCCAUCAAGUCAUCGACUUUUGAACCGACAAGUUGGAAAGAGAAAAUGAGAAGAAUCAUCAUGCAGAAACUGCACUUGCCACCUUGGAGAGUUGCUUUGGUUGAGAGCGGCAAUGGAGUCAACAUGUAUGUACUCAUGCACCAUGCUCUCUACGAUGCAAACUCUUUGGACGGAAUACUUGGCGGAGUAGCCGACGCAAUACAUGGACAGGUUCGCCGCUUUGCAGAGGUUGAGCCAGCCCUGGCUGAGAUGCUAUCCCAAAGCUUGAACCAGCAACAAAUUAAUACGCGCAAUUUUUGGGAGGCAAAGUCCGAGAACACUGUUGUUAACACGUUUCCUGUUAUGACGCCGCUGAGGGAACAGAAAUCGGUCCUUCAGACACAUGAAACUGACUCUGCAAUUUCGCUUAAGCUCCUUGAAGAGAGUGCCAAAUAUCUUGGCAGUUCGGUGCAGGCGAUUAUCCAAGCUGCUUGGGCUCGUGUUCUAUCGUCCUAUCUCGGAGAGAGUUCUGUGGUGUUCGGGGUGACCCUGUCUGGCCGGACAUCUGAAGCUACUCGCGUUGCCCCAUUCCCGUGCAUCACAACAGUGCCUGUCAUAGCUCAAAACGUCGAAUCUAACAGAGAAAUUAUCAGGGCCAUGAUGGAUUACAAUUCGGAGCUCCGCAAACAUCAAUUUGCUCCAUUGAGUGUUAUUCAAAAAUGGCUGGGGCACCCUGGGCACCCGGUCUUCGAUACGCUCGUUGUCUAUCAAAAGAGAGGGGCAGGGGGAACGGAACAGCAACCGUGGUCUCUUUCCUAUGUUGAUUUUCAAGCCGAAUAUGCGGUAUCACUGGAGGUUGAGCCUGCAAACGAAAAUACAAUUCGCCUUUUCCUCAACUAUGCUCCGGACGUCCUGCCAGAAGCGCAGGCUCGUCUCCUUACCCGCCAAUUCGAUAUCUUGUUGGAAUAUUUAUGUCGGGAACCAGACGGAAAAGAGCAAGAUCUCUACAGAGCCAAUAUCCUUGAAUUCUCAAUAACGCCUCCAAGGAUCUUAGCUUUGCCUUCCCCAGUUCGAUUUCUUCACGAGUUUGUUGAACAAGGAUCGUUAGCCCACCCUACGCGUAUUGCUCUCGAGUUUGCAAGUGCAUUCAAGGCAGGGCGCGCAAUUAAGCAAACAUGGACAUACAGGGAGAUUGACCGCAUUGGAAACCAAGCUGCCCAUCUCGUGAAUUAUAGGGCAGCUCCUGGAUCAAUUGUAGCCAUCCACUUCGAAAAAUGUCCGGAGGCGUACUUUGCCAUCCUUGGCAUCCUCAAAGCCGGCUGUUCCUUUGUGGCAUUGGAUCCGAACGCACCGAAAGCGCGUAAAGAUUUCAUUCUAAGAGACUCGAAUGCGGUUUGUCUAAUGACAAAUACGUAUAGCACCAUCGAUUUUAACAUUCCUAUUGCGGGGGCGUUGUUGAAGUUUGAUACGAUAUCACUGGAACAGUACCCUGAUCGGUGCCUUGAUCUUGGUGCAGAAUUUUCCACCAACAACACCUGCUACUGCCUUUACACAUCAGGAACGACUGGGGAGCCAAAAGGCUGCGAGAUUACCCAUGAGAAUGCGGUACAAGCCAUGAUGGCUUUCCAGGAACUCUUCAAGGGGCACUGGGACGACGAGGCACGUUGGUUGCAAUUCGCAGCCCUGCACUUUGACGUUUCGGUUCUUGAGCAAUAUUGGAGCUGGUCUGUUGGUAUCACAGUUGUGGCCGCUCCAAAGGAUCUGAUCCUAGAUGAUUUGUCAGGCUCCAUCUCUAUGCUGGAGAUCACACACAUUGACCUGACCCCGAGCCUGGCACGAUUGACGCACCCCGAUGACACCCCAACACUUUGCAAAGGUGUAUUCAUAACAGGUGGGGAGUCAUUAAACCAGGAAAUUCUCGAUACUUGGGGCUCUAAAGCUGUCAUAUAUAAUGCAUAUGGCCCGACCGAGGCAACCAUCGGUGUCACAAUGUAUCCACGUGUACCCAUCAAUGGUCGACCUAGCAAUAUUGGCAAGCAGUUUCCCAACGUCGGUUCCUACGUAUUUCGGCCUGGUACCGACAUUCCUGUUCUUCGUGGCGGAGUUGGAGAGUUAUGCAUAUCUGGAAAACUGGUUGGCAAAGGAUAUUUAAACCGGCCAGAGCUCACAGAACAAAGGUUUCCAACAGUUGUCGAAUUUGGUGAGCGGAUAUAUCGUACUGGCGAUCUAGUUCGUAUUCUUCACGACGGGUGCUUCGAUUUCUUGGGUCGCAACGAUGAUCAAGUGAAGUUGCGCGGACAGCGGCUCGAAAUCGGGGAGAUUAAUCAUGUCAUUCGUCACGGUGCACAAGAAGUGCAAGAUGCGGCGACUAUUGUCGUGAGACCAAUUUCUAGCGGCAGGGAUAUCUUGGUAUCAUUCUUGGUCGGACAGCUUGAUCGAUCACAGAAACUGUGCACCUUGUUUGACACGGAUGGGCUUGGUGCAAAGGCUCGACUAGCCUGUCUCAAGCAGCUUCCUGCAUACAUGGUUCCCAGUUACUUUCUUCGACUACCAUAUAUUCCAUUGUCAUCAAAUGAAAAGGUCAAUUUCAAGGAGCUAAAGGAUCUCUUUGAAUCACUUUCUCAUGACCAGCUUAGCAAACUGGUAUCAGCAGCCACACCGUUGGAUAUGUCCCAGUUUGAUCAACAGACAUUUCAGAAAGUCAUAAACAUCCUGACUGACUUUGGAUCUUUGAAACACGACAGCAUUUCGUCAUCAUCCAGCAUUUUUGACAUCGGGGUUGAUUCUGUCGCCGUUCUUCAGCUUUCGGCAAUGUUUAAAUCACAAGGUUUCGAUGCUGCCUCCCCUGUCGUCCUGUUGCGACAUCACAUUGUCGCUGAUUUGGUUAGAGUUUUGUCGGAGAAGUCCAACUCAGAGGGACAGCUUGACCUGGUUCUGGAAGCGCAGCAGUACAUAAAAGCCUGCAGCCACAGAUACCGGCCCCUGGUGUGCAGAGAGCUGGGAGUCACUUCAAGCGAGAUUGAAUACAUCGCACCCUGCUCGCCGUUGCAGCAUGGCAUUAUCUCCAAGGCCAUGACCUGUGAACGUAGAGGCAUGUAUUUCAAUUCAUUUUUACUGAAGUUGAAAGGAGACGACAUAUCAAUUGAGAUGGUGUACCAGGCUUGGACCCGCCUCGUUGAGUCUCAUGCGAUCCUGAGGUCAGCAUUCGUCAACACUUCAGAUGGCUAUAUUCAAGUGGCGCUUAAGCACCCUCCUUCUGUUUGGAGUGAUCACUGGGUAAGUUCUGAGGGAGAAGCUGAUGAGAUUCUGAAAUCAAGAAGGCAUGGUUGGAUAGCAGACAAUUCGCAUCAUAUCCGAACUCCACUUCAGCUCAUUCAAGUCCAGGGGCCAGGAUUUCGGAGAAUCGUGGUGCACAUGUUUCAUUCCUUGUAUGAUGGAAACAGCCUUGAACUCAUGAAUCAAUAUGCAAUGUUAGUGUACCGCAACAAUGAGGAAAAGCUCGGCCCGCGAUUCGUCGAGGCAUUGGCAUACGGACCAUUAUGGAAUUACGAUCAUUGCCGAGAUUUCUGGACUCAAUACCUGAAAGGCUGGGUUUUCUCUCCAGUACUGACCAGUUUAGAUGUUCCAUUCGAACUUAGGACUGUAUCUGCGACAAGAUUUAUCUCACUAGAAAGGUUUGAAGACAUGCGAAGACAGCAAACCGUCACCUUGCAAUCCGUCGUCUUGGCAGUCUGGGCUUCUAUUCUCCGAAAGCAUCUUGGCAGCAGCUUGACUAUAGGUAUCCUCGUUUCUGGUCGUUCCAUUAAUCUCCCGGAUGUUGAGAAUACGAUUGGGCCAAUGUUCAACACGAUUCCAUAUUUUAUCAAAACCUUGGCUGGACACACUUGGGGGUCCCUGAUCAGAGCGGUACACAAAUUCAGCACUUCCAUCCUGCCAUUCCAGCAUGUUCCGCUUCAGAGCAUUCAGAAAUGGUGCUCGAUAGGUCGACCAUUGUUUGACAACCUAUUCACAUUCCAGGUGGAGCUACCCCAAGCAUCUGAUGACCUCCCUUGGACGAUUUUGGAUAGCCACGGGCAGCUCGAUUACCCUCUGUCACUGGAAGUUAUCAAGACUCGUACAGGGUUGCUCAAGCUAAAUCUGGUCUCACAAAAUAAUUUCACUGAUUCAAAGAUGCUUGAAGAACUACUCAACAAGCUGGAGAUGGCUAUCGAUACGGCUCACCCGAAUGAUAUGGUCGAUCCAUCCGCAGUUGAUUACGUUGACUUGGUAUCCACGACAUUAUGCAGCAAUGUUUCUGGAGAUAAUUUCACAGCUAUAAAUAUCCCAUUGGAUUGGAGCGGAUCAAUGAGUCUUGUGAGAGACGAAAUCGCGUUUCUUGCAGAAAUCCCGGUCCAAAAUAUCACAGAAAACACCACAUUGCUCGAGCUUGGACUCGACAGCAUCGAUAUUAUGAAACUUUCAAUGAAUCUGAAAAAAAGGGGUAUUGACAUCCCAGCGUCUAAGAUCAUGCGAUUUCAGAAAAUACCGCGUUUUAUGCAGGAACAAAAUUUGAAUGCCCCAGAUACAGCGAGUACCCUCAACGACACUUUUCUCCAACAGAUCAAGCAGAAGCUUCAUUCGUAUGUUGAUAGCACCGGCCUGGAUAUGCGCACUGUUGAAGCAGUGCUGCCACCUACGCCACUACAAGAGGCCAUGGUUGCGGACAUGUUGCAGUCAAAUUUCGGCCGAUAUUUCAAUCACGACAUCCUCGAGGUCGCCGAAGGGGUUGACAUACAAAAACUAUACAAUGCUUGGGCGCAGGUUGUUGAGAAAUCUCCCAUUUUGCGGACCGGUUUCGUCGAGGUAGGUGACCCUGGGUUGGACAUGACGUACUGUCAAGUGGUCUUUCGAAACCAUACGCACAUGGCUUCUGUCAAACUAUCAAAUCAAUCCGAGAUACAAACGAUAACAGAGAGCGCCAUAAAACUUGCUAUAUAUGGCAAGGGUAUGAAGAAUCUUUUUCAAGUUACAUUUGCCACAAUACAAAGUCGCCACUUUGUUGUGCUUUCAGUCGCCCAUGCCUUGUAUGAUGGAUGGUCGUUGGAACUCAUGUACCAAGACCUCCAAGCGGCGUACGACGGAGAAUCAUGUGCGAGGGUAUCCGCAGAGAUUUUUAUUUCUCAAAUGCUUGCUUCAAGGACGGAUGAGGCACAAUGUUUCUGGGCUAGCUAUCUCGACGGUCUCUCGCCAACACUUUUGCAGGGGCAAAAAUCGCCUCCGGUGCAUGAUGCCGACCAAGUGUUCAGAAAAGAGAUGGACUCAAACGAAACUCUUUCGAGCAUGAUGAAUCACUGCAAAAAUAUCUCUGUCAGCUUACAGGUUCUUUGUUUGGCCUGCUGGGCAGUGGCGGUUGCCGAAUGGACACACUCGCUGGACGUAGUGUUCGGAGUCGUCUUAUCUGGACGAGACUUUGAAGGAGCAGGAGAGUUGAUGUUUCCAACAAUAAACACCAUCACGAUGCGAUGCAUACUGCAUGGAUCUGUGAGAGAAUUCUUGCGGUAUCUGGAAGAUUCAAUGGCGGAUAUACGGAAUUUUCAGGCGUUUCCUCUGCGGAAAGCUCAGGCGGUGACCAAGGUCGCGAUGUCAGACAUAUUCAACUCACUUUUCCUUGUACAGAAGUCGGUAAAAGUUGAACACCCAUCGAGUAAGCUACUGAAGUCUGUCAACGGGACGUCUGCCGUGAACUAUCCAGUUUGCAUCGAAGCAGAGCCAGUAGCCGAUCGACUGCGAUGGCGGAUCGCUUGCCAGUCGCACUUCUUUUCUGACGAAGACACACUCCAGUUGAUAAGGAACGUCAAUGGGAUAUUGAGCUAUAUUCUCCAGGCUGGAUCUGAAGAUAUUUUGUCGUUUCAUGAAGACAAUUUGUCGAUUUGCGGCAUGCCUCCGAUUGCAAUCAAGGAUACAGCCGCGCAGAAACCGAAUGCCACAGAGGAGGACUUUUUGCAAGACGGACAAGAGCAGGAAUUGAGUGAAACUGCCAAGGUCAUCAUUGAAGUCCUCGGCCAAGUUUCAGUCACCCCGGUACAGGACAUCAAGCCGUCAUUCUCACUGUACCACCUUGGACUUGACUCUAUCAGCGCCAUAAAAGUCUCGAUGCUGCUGCGUUCAAGGGGCAUUGAUAUCAAGCCAAGGGAGCUUGUGAAUACUUCAAGCAUCUCUGAGCUUGCACGUAUUGCCGGAUUGACAGCGGAUUCUGCAGAUGCAGGUCCCAUAAAAGCGGUUCCGUGGAAACCACCACAGGAGACGAAUCUUGACACCUUGAUGAGUGCUUGCGGCCUGCCUAUGGACGAUGUCGAAGAGAUAUUGCCUGCCAUGCCUAUGCAAGCAUUCAUGCUAACGCACUGGCAAAAUACACACGGAUCGGUGUUUUUCCCCGAAUUCCGCUACCGUAUAGACGGUGUGUUGGAUGACAAGGUCAUCUACAACGCAUGGAAUAAACUAUUGGUCCUGAUGCCCAUUCUGCGAACUCGUUUCAUCUCGACAGGAAAUCAAGAGCUGCCCUGGCUGCAGUGCAUUUUCAACGCAGACUCCUUCAGCUCAGGUCGCGUCUCGCAGCCACUGAUAAAACUCCAUGUUUUGUAUGACAAAAAUCCAGUUCUGAGGGUGAGAAUACAUCACGCCUUGUACGAUGGUGUCAGCCUCCCGGCGAUGAUGUCGUGUUUCGUCGGCCUGCUUAACGAUCAAUGUGUUGUCAACAUUAACUUGCCAGCAUGGAUUGACAGUUGCAUCAGGCCAACGAUUAGCGUUGAGCAGGAUAAGAGGCGAAAGUUCUGGAUCGAUUACUUGAAACGGACUCCUUCAGACUCGUCGGAAAGUUGUAUAUCAAACUCAACAGAGACGACUUCCUGUCUCGUAGAAUCUGCAAUUGGCGACAUUACUCGGGUGCGCACGAUUGCGGCACGCCACGGCACGAGCUUGCAGUCACUGUUCCUCGCGGCAUAUGCGAAGUCGAAGGCCAGGGAUCGGCCAUCAUCUGCGGUAUUUGGCUUAUAUCUUGCUAAUCGAACUCGCCUAGAGUUUCCUUUGCCCCCCACCCUCCCGACUCUCAACUUGGUUCCAAUAAAAAUUCAGCUGAGGGAACAAGAGAGCUUGUUGACAAUUGCUCGUGAGAUUCAGAGGCACAUUAACGCGAUCAGUAGUCAUGGAAGAGCCGAUGUCGGGCUAUGGGAGAUCUUUCAAUGGACUGGCGUGAAGGUGGACUCAUUCGUCAACUUCCUCAGCCUUCCCGACGAGCCAAGUGCGGCUGGCCAAAAGAUAACGAUGACGAUGAUGAAAGAAGCCGGCUUGCGACCUGCCUCGUUCGAUUCUGCCACACUUCUUGAAGAGCGAUGGCUGCAGAAUAAUGCGAUUAGAAAUGCCUAUCCGGUAUGUUCUCGGCGAUGGUUCUUCCCUUUCCUACUCGGUCAUCGAUCGAUCAAAUGA